GCUUCUCUGCUCCAGUCAGUAUCUAGUCCGAGGUGUGCUCUCCAUUGAGUAGCACACGGAGGAGGCUCUUUACAAGUUUCAACCUGGAAAUAGCGUCUUGUGACUCAAGAGGAGGGCGAAUUUAGUCAGACUUUUGUUUCAAAAGUGACGGAAUCAUUUGGGAAGAUACUAGUCUUUAUUUUUUCCCGAGAACACAACAGAACGUUGCCUGUGAGCCGUGUUGUCCCAGGGGAGCCUUUUUUGUUUGGGGUUAACCAAACUGUGAACGUUACCUCUGGCGCGUUUUCCUUCAGCUCGGGGAGUAAUUGAAAAAUAUUCUCAAAUACUUUCUGCCUGACGUGUUUGGGUCUGCUGGGUUAAGCUGUGAUGAAGAGAGAAUUUAACAGCGGUGAAGCGCCAGACGGAGACAGCGAAAGCUAAGCUCAUCUCAGCGACCAACGGUGGUCAACGACCACAGCCUCGACCACAGAAACACAGGCUGCUCAUUGCAGUGAGUCAGUAUCAUGGAGGCAGGCAGCGGGGCUGCCGCAGCGGUGGGGAGUGCAGCACUAGGACUGCUGGGAGUCACAACCACGUCCAGCCAUGACAUCUUGGACAGGGGUCUGAGGCCUGGACGUCACCUGGAGGAGGACGAUAUUGUGCCUGAACUGGCUCACAUCCACCCCAGAGAAAGACCUGACUGGGAGGAGACCAUCAGUGCCAUGGCGAGGAGUGCGGAGAUCCCCGAGCUCCGGACCGAGCCGCUCAUGCGCUCAUGCAGCAGCAGCACGGCCAGCAUGAAGGUCAAGAAUGUCAAGAAACUUUGCUUCACGAAGGGCCACUUCCCGAAACUGGCAGAGUGCGCUCACUUCCACUAUGAAAAUGUGGACUUUGGCACAAUUCAGUUGUCCCUCGGGGAUGAACAGUGUGAAGUGACACGGAACGGCUAUGAAUCUAAGGAGCUGGUGUACUUAGUUCAUAUUUACUGCCAGGGUCGCAGCUGGAUUGUGAAGCGCAGCUAUGAGGAUUUCCGUGUCUUGGACAAACACCUGCACCUCUGCAUCUAUGACCGACGCUUCUCACAGCUGCCUGAGCUGCCUCGAUUGGACAGUCUGACUGAUCAGUCAGAGUCAGUUUCCCAGAUGUUGUUAGCGUACCUCUCCCGGCUCUCAGCCAUUGCUGACAACAAGAUCAACUGUGGGCCUGCCCUCACAUGGAUGGAGGUUGACAAUAAGGGAAAUCAUCUGUUGGUCCAUGAAGAGUCGUCCAUCAAUGUGCCAGCUAUCGCUGCCGCCCACGUCAUCAAGCGUUACAUCGCGCAGGCAUCAGACGAGCUGUCCUUCGAGGUUGGCGACAUUGUGUCAGUGAUUGACAUGCCCCCUAAAGAAGACACCACAUGGUGGAGGGGGAAGCAUGGCUUUCAGGUUGGCUUCUUUCCCAGCGAGUGCGUGGAGCUCAUAAAUGAUAAAGUGCCACAGUCCAUGACCAACUCGGUGCCAAAACCAGCUUCCCCCUGCUCGGGCCUGCAGCCUGCUUCUUGGAGUCUCUUCCCUCCCUACUUGGAGAUGGAGAGUGUAAUACAGGACAGUGCAUGGGUGGCCGACCCGCUAAACCACUACAGCCUAAGUUCAGUGUCUAAGAAGCACGGGAAGCUGAUCACCUUCUUGCGCUCCUUCAUGAAGUCCAGGCCCACCAAGCAGAAGCUGAAGCAGAGGGGCAUCCUCCGGGAGAGGGUGUUCGGUUGCGACCUGGGAGAACACCUCCUCAACUCAGGACAUGAUGUGCCCCAGGUCCUCAAGAGCUGCACCGAGUUCAUCGAGAAACAUGGUGUGGUGGACGGCAUCUACCGCCUCUCUGGAAUCGCCUCAAAUAUCCAGAAGUUGCGGCAUGAGUUUGACUCUGAGCAGAUCCCCGACCUGACCAAAGAUGUUUACAUCCAGGACAUCCACUGUGUUGGCUCGCUGUGUAAGCUCUACUUCAGAGAGCUGCCCAACCCCCUGCUCACCUACCAGCUCUAUGAGAAAUUCUCUGAGGCUGUAUCAGCAGCAACGGACGAAGAACGACUCAUCAAAAUCCAUGAUGUCAUCCAGCAGCUUCCUCCGCCGCAUUACAGGACCCUGGAGUUCCUCAUGAGGCACCUUUCCCACCUGGCAACGUUCAGCUACAUCACCAACAUGCACAGCAAGAACCUGGCCAUCGUCUGGGCUCCCAACCUGCUGAGGUCAAAACAGAUUGAAUCUGCGUGCUUCAGCGGCACAGCAGCCUUCAUGGAAGUCAGAAUCCAGUCGGUGGUGGUGGAGUUCAUCCUCAACCAUGUGGAUGUUCUCUUUAGCACUAAACUCAGCUCACUAAUACGAGAAGGAGCAGGUCACAACUCAUUGUCACGGCCCAAGUCCCUGCUGGUUUCAUCACCCUCCACAAAACUCCUGAGUCUGGAGGAGGCCCAGGCCAGGACUCAGGCUCAGAUCAACUCUCCAGUCACUGAAGACAGCAAGUACAUUGAGGUGGGCGAAGGUCCAGCUGCCCUGCAGGGCAAGUUCCACACCGUCAUCGAGUUUCCCACUGAGAGGAAGAGACCUCCGAUUAAAUCCAAGAAGUCUCCUGUGGGUAGUUGGCGUUCUUUCUUCAACCUGGGCAAGUCUUCCUCCAUGUCCAAGCGUAAGCUUCACCGCAAUCCCAGUGAGCCUAAUGAGCUAAAAGCUAUGGCUCUUGCUGGAGGCAGAGGGGAUACAGCAACUUUAAGAUCAGCCAAAAGUGAAGAGUCGCUGAGUUCACUGCAUAAUGUUGAAGGAGAGUCUAAGGUGUACCGUCCUCGGAGGCCGCGCUCCAGCAGCGAUGCCCUGUCAGCCUCUUUUAACGGCGAGCUGCUAGACACCCGGCAGCACUGCAACUCCUACGACAACCUGGAUGCCACAGAGGACAGCGACGGAGACGAUGGGCCCAUCUGUGUGCCUGCUCUCAUCUCACCUCCCCGCUCAGCAGGGGAGGAUGUGGACCUCAGCCCGCCAGAUAUUGGCAUGGCCUCCUUGGACUUCGACCCCAUGUCUUUCCAGUGCAGUCUCCCUGACACCUCCUACGCCUUUCCCCUAGAUGACUCACCAGCCGGUGCCGAGGCCUCCAUGUUAAAGAGGAGCCCUGGCAGCAUCUGUGGCAAAACUAACGGCUCUGACUUCUCUGCUUCCUUCCUGGGCAGCUUGACCUCCUCCUUGUUGUCCACAGAAUUCAGUCCAGCUGCUGGAGAGAACACAGAAAGCAGGAAACUGACCACUUCCUAUUCAUACACUGAUAAACCCACACAGGCUGUGUCACCAAUUAAAUGCGGAAAAGCCACUAGUUUGACACCUUUUUCCACUUCAGAGCUUUUCUCUACUGAGACGCCUGACAAGAAUACAACUGGACAGACUGCCCCUCCACAACUAUUAUCUCCUCCUGUAAUACCCAAGGACUCUCCUCCCCUGAUGGGCAGUGUGCUGCUGAGGGCAGCCGAGCCGUCACUAAGUGAAGCUUUCCAAAUGGAGCUACACUCUAAGCUGGCAGCCUUUGACAGCGAGGACAGUCGAGAGCUGAAGGGAGAGGACAGCGUACAGCAGGCACCAGCUGCCAGCAGCCAAGAGCACCAAGGAGUCGUAACUCCGGACUCGUCAAAGGACCUCACCCCUUAUUCCCUCAGCUCUACAGCUCCCACUUCUGCCCCUCCUCCUCCCCCUCCCAAAAAUGCUGCCCGCAUGUUGGCCCUGGCCCUCGCUGAGUCUGCCCAGCAGGUCUCCAUCCAAUCUCAGUCACGGUCCUCUGAGCCUCCAACGCCACUGUCCUCUGUGCAGUCACAGGAGGCCUCUAACUUCCAGGACGUGCUGCAUCCACUUGUCCCACAUUUCCAAACUUCCUCCGACGAGGGAGCUGAACGAGGAAGUUCCCCUCCACCGAACGGCACCACUCCGACAUUCACCACUUCCUCGUCUUACCCCUCCGCUUCCAGUCCUCCAAUCAAACCGCAGCCACCAGAGUUAACCAGCACCAUUACCAAGCCAGCAGACAGCGCCAAGUCCCCUAGAAGUCCACCUGGAACACAGCCACGUAUAGACUCUACCCCACCAGAAACUCCUCUUUACAAGUGUGCCCCACUCUCCAGUUCAAACGGCCUGACUUCUCCAACUAGGAAAAGUCCAGAAAGACAGCAGCCUGUUGCAGGACAGGUCCCGGUCCAUACCAGCUCGUCAAGUUCCACUCCAGCUACCACCCCCGGUGGCAGCUGUAAAGACACUGGGGUCUUACCACAGCCUGUUCCUGAGGUCAUAUCAGAAGACGCUGCACCACCCCCAGUCCUUCCAAAACCAUCAGAGCAGCUGCCUCCGCCAGCUCAAAAACCCAGAAAGCAGGCUGUGUCACUGCCCCAGCAUCAAACACAAUCUCAAAUACAGCCUCAGCCUCAGCCACAGCCUCAUCUGCAGCCUCACCUGCAGCCCCAGCCACAGCUCCACACGCCCUCUCAGACGCAAGUUCAACCCCAAUCUCAGCCGCUCUCAAAGGCAAGUGCAAGAGUGGCUCCCACCUCUGCUGAGCCUCUUGAGAAGCCCUGGGAGGCCAUUAAACCAGUCCAGCCCUGUACAGAGUCUGCAAAAUACCACGACUCCUAUGGACCUAAACCUCCAGCCCCUCCUGUCCGCACCAUCGAGAGCAAACUGGCCACUGCAGCGCUUAGCCAAAGUGAAGCCUCCUAUCACAUCCUGGGUGAGAGCCCUGCACCAGGCCAUAUGGAGGAUGCUCUGCCUCACCAUCCUCCCUCUCCUCGUAAAUCUUCCAUGCACCAGCCAGCCUACCUGUACCACGCUAAAGGAGAGCCAGUUCUAAUUGAACCUCCGGGAGCAGCGUACUACCACCAGAGGCCUGUUCCUCUGGGCCCGCAAUCCAUUCCACACCAUUACCGGCCAGACAGUGUCCCCCCACACCUCUCCUACGUGUCCAAGUCUGAGCCUCAGAUACCUUACAGUGCCAGAGCAGACAAUAGAUACAGCACUUUAGGCCCUAGAUCCUACCACCACUCUAUCAAGUCCAGAGGAAACCCCCGGAGCGUGUUUGUGUCUCCAGGGCCAGGGCAUCAGGGUUAUAGCCACGACAGAACCCACGGCUAUCCCACCAUCCGCAGAGUGCACUCGCUUCACGUUCCUUCCACUAUCCGCUCAGUGCCCAUCCAGAGGACUGAGGUUCCCCCGGAUGAUGACAUGUUCUUCUACCAUCGGCCCGUGUAUCAGUGCAAAGCCUACCAGCAGCCUCCGCAGCAGUCCUCACAAGCCGACUACCACGUCACUCAGCUGCAGCCUUACUUUGAGAAUGGACGGGUCCAGUAUCGUUAUAGUCCGUACUCUGGUUCAAGCCCUUUGGAGGCACCUUACUAUGACAUUGAUCCUUACGGCACCAUUCGAAUCCGGCACGUCCACUCGUACGGGAGCCGAGACCCAGGAGCUGCUGCUGGUCGUCCAGGUGGAAAAGCAACCGGGUACCACUACCUCGCUCGCCAUGUUCUCCCACCUGGGAAGGAGCACAGCUUUGUGAGCAGGGACAUGCCCCCCAGCCAUGGGACCAAGGAAGCCGCUGCUUACCUCUCUUGGGACCCUGAGGAGUCAGAGAGGCUCCGCAUGCACUCCAUCCGCAGGGAGAGCAGGGCCAGACAGAGGAUUAAAGGCCCUGUCCUCUCUCAGUAUGACAAUGUCGGCUUGUUCACACCAGCAGAUAUAUCAGGCUAUGAAACCCUACAUCUGCGCAGUAAAUCUGACCCAGGUAAAGCUGUGCUGGUUGCAGCCGAGAGCAAAGAUGGGCGCUACCUCCCCAGACACAUGGUGUCAGACCCUGACGUCCUCAUGUACAUGGAGACUGACAAGCAUGUCCAGGGCAGCGUAGUGAGUGACAAGUCUGACGGACUUGCCAAGCAAAGCAGUUCCAAAAAAUGCCAAUCCUCUCACUCCCUUCCUGCUUCUCUGAGCCACGGUCUCUCCCAUCAGCAGGAGAGCAGCCGACACGAGGCCAAGUACGAGACUGGAGACGACAAGCUGGCUGGAGACGGCAGCAGGUCAAAACACUGGCAGCAGGAGUAUCCCAACAAGAGGAACUUCCAACCACGGUACGAGUGUCCUGAUUCUGACCACCACCAGAGUAAAGCGAAAACAUCAAGCGGCUACCACAGCACAGACGACCAGCCAUCAGCUCCCAGGGAACAACACCCCCGCUCCAAACCAGAGCGAUCACACAGCGUCCGAGAGCAGCAGCACUACAACCAGGGCAAACCUGACGCGGACAGAGACUACUCGUAUCAGAAACACAGCACUAAAACGGUGCAGUCCCACUAUGAUAACUUGGACGAUUACCACCCAGUACCUCAACCUCAGGCCCCUGUUCAAAAACGUGGAGGCUCCGGCUCCGGCUCCGGCUCCUUUCCCGCCCCAGGAUUCUCAGUGAGCCACAGCAACAGAGCAUACUCCACAGCACUGGGCCAGGGAGCCUUUAUCCAGACUGAGCUGGCCUUGCAGAGGCCAGAGACAGAGAUACGUACAGAAUGAAGCAUUUGGGGGGGGGGGACGUGUGAAAUUAUCUUUAGCUGUGUUGAAGAAAGACUUAAGUGAGCUAUGGUUGAGCAGCCUCUGCAGGACAGUGGACUGUCGUAUCACCAAUAUUUUUGCUCCUCUGUAUUUUUAAUGAAUUGUAAAGAAAAUUGUAUGACUUUUUACAGAAAGUCCUGAAUGUACCUGAAAUUACUGUCCAAGAGGUCAUAUUAUCACGACUGAUUGAGACAGUAGCCAGUCAUAAAUGUAUAUGAUAUGAAAGACGUAAGGUACUUUCAACAGGAACCACAAAUAUGUUAAAUAUAUAUAUACAUAUAUACAUAUAUGUAUAUGUAUAUAUGUAUGUCUAUAUAUAUAUAUAUAUAUAUAUGUAGAACCAGUAGUGAAAAGGGAUUUUUUGUUGUAUUUUGUUUUUUUUUUUAGGUGUGGCGCUGGGUAUGAGCAUCAACUGGGAUUAAGGUUUGCAUUUUAGAAAUGCAUGCACUCUCUAUCUCUUACAGAACAGUUCUGUGUAGUUCACUAUCCAUUGCGUUCUUUCUGGAUGUUACAGCACAAGUUAUUAAAGGAGGAAACAUGUAGGUCAUUACGCCCUCCCUCUGCUAAUAUUUACAUAAGUAGGCGGCACAGUGUGUCCAUGUUUGUCUUGAAGAAUCCAGCUGAGUGUGAGGUUUGAUAAGGACCUGCAGUGGUUUACUUUCAGUUAAUAUAGUGGUUAUCAAUGUCUUAUUUUCUCUGUGACUGUGCCAUCUUUAUGUAACUUUGCUAUAAAUGGAUUUCAAUGACUUCUAAUGGAAUGUUUUGGUACUUGUCUGUUCUUUAGCGGAAGAGGGACCAAAUGACUUGGCACAGUUGUUGCACAUAACGGGAUGCAGAGGGGAAGAUGGAUGAAUGUGUGUUGUAGCUUUAGACGUAUAAGAGGUUGAUUUUAUUUUCCUUUUUUCAUCACAUUCACGGUACAUUUAUGAACUGGACUAACUGAACAAAGCCCCAAAACAGUGUCCUCUCAAACAGCGUGGUGAGAAACAUGUUGCUGCUGCUUUGUGGAAGAAAAAAAAACAACUCGGUGAUGAGCCUUAAAUUUUGCUCCUACAGACCUUAUUUUGUUUACGAUCAUUGUCAUACAAGCCCAUUGUCAUACUGCACAAACAUUGUGAUAGAUUUAAGAUCACUUUUGAUGAUUCUUCACAGUUCAGGGUUGACAGGUGACAUGCUGGGGUUAUUUAGUUUUCUAUCGCCUCACUGGUUCUGAAUUGAAAACAAUGAGGAAGGAACACGUUUUUUAAAUAUAUCUGGGGCCAUUUUUUUCAGGCUGGAAAUCAAUGUAUAGUACAUUCAUCUGGUAUUAUACUACAUGCCCUUUUGGUUCAUGGUAAUGGAAGGAUUACAAUAUGUUUCAAAUAUGUCUAAAUCCAGGUUGUACUCUGUAACUGUUCUUCUAUAUCGCUUGCAGGUUUUGCUCCUCUUGCCUUAUCUAAAGCCUCUACCUUUUCAGCGGGGUGGGGGGCGUUGAAGUAAGGCUCUGUGUACUUGAAUGUGAAAACACUCUUGUCUCAAACUAGAGGUAUCUAAAGUUAGAUAUGAAAUAAAUAAAAUUGUUCAGGAAUAGUUAUAA